UGACAUUUUUAGUGGGAGAGCUUUUGUGGCUUUGAUUUUUAAGAUAACAAGCAAUCACUAUUCAAAUAAUUUACUAUUCAAACUAAAGAGGAAACAUUAUUAUUUUCCAGUCAUCAUACAUCUAGCAUCCUAAGUUCGAUGACAAGGAAGAAAGACUGAAAGGCGCAAGACUGAAAGAAAGGCUACUAUUCAAAAUGGCAUAUCCUAUUCAAAAACACUGACUCAAAUCUGAAGGUGAUGAUACUCGACGGUGACUGAGAAAUCAAAAUUCAGAAUUGUAAUGGGAAAUCUGCUACAAAUCUUCGAUUCAGAUCGCAGUACCCGUAAUGACUCCAGGCAAGGGAACGUUGACUUGACCAAAUCACCAAGCAGUAGAGAUCAAGUUCAACAUGAUGCUGCCUUGGAGGUCACAGAAGCGUUCAAUUUGGAGUCGAUGGAUUUUGUUGCUAUCUUUCCUCUCGAACUGACGUAUCUGAUUUUGUCAUAUUUAUCAUCAGAUGACUUGAAGUAUUGUGACCGUGUGAGCCAGCUAUGGAGUAGGACCAUUCACAAUUUCAUACAAAGUCGUGAUCUCAUUGAACGCGUUCGACUGAAACAUAAUUGGCAACAAGGAAAAUACUCAGUUCAUUGGCUUCAUAUCCCAAUGCAGAAGCUGUUGGUCUCAUGUUGGAGAACUACACUUAUUCCUUCAAAUGACAAUGUCUUCUACUACCCUCUAGUGGGUAGAUUGGACUAUGAACAGAAUCUUUGUGGCCUUUAUUUGUUUCGGUUGGAUGCUGCCUUGAGAAUGGCUACCAAAUUGGUAUUCAUGACUAGUACCCCAUAUUUGAUAUGGAAAGUUUGUGUGUUGAGAGACUGCUUAGUUUGGAUAUAUGGAAACCAGCUAAUGUACUAUGAUGGUGAAACACACAGAACUAUUGAGCAUGAACUUCAUGACAAUUCAGAUGGUGACCUUUUCAUAAGAAUGGAUUCACACCACAUUGUAGCUUGGACUGAGUGGGGAUAUCUGAAAGUUUGGUGCAAACGCACGACUGAUCUUUUAGAAUUGGAGCGUAACGAAGCAGGCCUAUAUUAUCAUCUUUGCAGUUUUCACGAUGGAUGUCUCGUUAUCUUUACUUGUGGAGAUUUAGACAAUAUUCAUUAUGGGAAAAUUUCAAAUAUCUCCAAACUUGAAAUACACAACCUGAGAAAUGAUAAGCCAGACAGGCUUCAGUACAGGAUUUAUGUUGAUGGAAAAGCCGAUUAUCUUGCAUCAAAUGAACGCUAUAUUAUUCUAAUUAUCAUAUGCCCUAUUACAUCUUAUCGCUUAAUCCAAGUGAGGGAUAUAGAGAACCGUGCUGUCAUUAAAUACACAUAUCCAUAUUUCAUCAGAUUUGAAUUGUAUAAUAUCUGUGAUGAUUACAUUAUUUUAAGAGAGGAUUGCAGUGAAUUUGUAAUAUUGACUCUUGCCACUGGUGAACAGACCAGAAUUGUAUCAACUAGCACAAUAUUAAAAACAUUGUUUGAAAAUAUUGCUGUGAAUCUCAAGGCUGACAAAACGUUACAAGUUCUGGACUGGAGAGAUCAAAUUGAGCUGCAUAGGUUGCCAAGCCCCAAGGGAAAGGCAGAUUGGGUUGUUGAUGCCAAUGAAUACAUGGUGGUUACUUAUGAUAAAGAUGCCAAUACAUUUGUAGUUUUCAAGUAUGGUUAGGUUAAGUUAGGGUUAGAUUAGAUUAGGUUACAUUAGAUUAGGUGACAGUGUGGUGGAAAGUGAAUCUAUACCCUCAAGGCUAAUAUAAUUUAUUAGUGUUUUACCAUCCUAGUACAUUCUGCUGAUUUCCGAAGUUAUCAGUUUAUUAUUAAGAGCUACAUUUAAAACUUUAUUAGUAUUAAUAAUUUAGGUUUUAUGUACUUAAAUGUGUGUGUAUAUGUAUGUGUAUAUUAAUGUAUAUGUGUGUAUGUAUGUGUAUAUUAAUGUAUAUGUGUGUAUGUAUGUCUAUGUAUGUGUAUAUUGUGUAUGUAUGUUUAUAUUUGUGUAUGUCUAUGUAUGUAUGAUAUAUCUUCACAUUUGACGAUUUCCCAGUCACUCGAGUGAUUUCGCUAAUCGUCACUAGAGACGAUUUCGCUAGUAACCAGGAAGAAAUUAAAAAAAAAAAAAACAAAGCUCCUGAACAAAGUUCAAGUAGUAAACGCGAGUUUGUGACACAGUCAUUGUACCUGAUUUUUCAUCAUCUUCGCAAUACAUCUUUUCUUGGUUUAAAUCGAGAUCACUGAACAUCAGCUCACAAGUGGGUUUGAGAGACUUCAAUUGCAGAGCAUAGCAGCAAUCCAACUUUGUUGUUAAACUUUGGCAAAAGACUAAUGAGACUCGGAAUUAUUCCAAAUAGGGGACCCUAGGAUUUCUAGUGGAAAGCAAAUUUACCCAGAACAUUUCAUGGCUAACUAGUCCUGAUUAUUUGUUAAUUAUAAUUGUUUAUAUCCUAAUAGUAAUUAAAAAAUUUAAGCUGGCCAGACUAGCCGUGCAGUGUAGCCUAAAGUGAACGUUUUUUGUGCAUUUUCACAAACCAUGGUGUUGAACGUUUUUUGUGCAUUUUCACAAACCAUGGUGUUGAACGUUUUUUGUGCAUUUUCACAAAACAUGGUGUAUGGACCCUACUUUUUUGUAUAUGUCGUCCGAGCCUUGAAAUAGGGGCACAUAGAACAAACACUUAAUUGAAACUUGAGUGAAUUGGUAUGUGUACAGAGUUUUUAAAAAAAUAUAUAACUAGCUUACCCGGCGUACUUCGUACAGCCAAAAAGUCAAUGUACCUAUCUCUUGUCACACUUGACUUUAUUUGGUGAAUCAUGACAUUCAACUGACAAUCAAUAUUUUUAUUUAGAUCUCAAUACGAACUUCCAUAGCCUACUAUAGAUAUCUGAAGUAAGCCAUGGAACUUCCUAUGUGCUAAAACUACCGUUUUAAUACCAGUAAACAAUUUUAUCACAGUGUGACGUGUUUAUUAUAGCUAAGUUCAUAUAGGGGAGCUCUAUUAAAAUUUCUGGUCAGAAACCAUCCUCAAUAUUUACACAACAUAUUCCUAAAGUUUCAUGCUGUUCUGUCAAGUAGUUUUCGAGUCUUUAGGGAACAAACAAACUAAUACCCAAACAGACAUUCAUUUUUAUAUAUAAAUAUUGUUUUAAAUUGGGGUAUUCAUUUUGAAUCACUCUGCAAAGGGUAAAUCAUUAAAGUUGGCUAUUUCAACAACGAGAUUAGGAAAUUUAUAAACAAAAUAUUAGGUACUUAUUUAAAAAAAUGGUGAUGUGAAAAACAUUACUGUACAAGAGCUCCAUUGAGACAUUUUCUUUUAUUUGUGCUGAGGAUGCUGCCCACAGCAGCUCGAGGCUGAUAUAUUUGCAAACAUAAUUUAAUAAUAAUUAAUCCAAUGUUUAUGUAUAUAAAUUUUUAUUCUUGUUUUUUACUAAAUGGGACCUGUGUCUCUAAUGAUUGUUGCUUGUUUGGACAGGAAAGUAAGUAAGCUUGAGGCUUUUUAGAGUGUGUUGAAACUUGUUAAAGAUGAGUGGUGAUUAUACUCAAAUUAGGGUUACUACUAAGUUCAGUGUAAUAGUUAUAUUAAAUUAAUUUUUAUGGGUAGUUUGUACGUAUUCGGCUUGCUUUUUUCUAGCCAGGACAUAAUCUUGAAAUGAAAAUAAUUGUGAUGGUUUGUUGCACUUCUCACAAGAUUUUUCUCUAAAAUGUUAAAUGUUCUCAAGUAGAUUUAAUAAGUUAUGUUUUCUGUAAGUCUGAUAAUUAUGUGAUAAAUAUUUAUAGUCUGAUAAGAUUCUGUACCAAUACCGGUAAUACUGAGACUGAUUUUUGAAUAUUCGAACUAUACUGUAUUGAUUCUGUAGGCCUACUAUUAGAAAAUAUAGAGAAUACUGGGACUGAUUUUUGAAUAUUUGAAUGACACUAAAAAACUUAUUGACUAUCUUAGCUUCUAUAAUGACUGUUUUGACUAUAUAAAUGGAUAUUUUUCCAAGUAUUGUUUAUAAAGUAAUUUAUAUUAAAUAUUUUUCCAAGUUUGACUAUAUAAAUGGAUAUUUUCCCAAGUAUAUUGUUUAUAAAGUAAUAUAUUAAAUAUUUUUCCAAGUUUGACUAUAUAAAUGGAUAUUUUUCCAAGUAUAUUGUUUAUAAAGUAAUAUAUUGAAUAUUUUUCCAAGUUUGACUAUAUAAAUGGAUAUUUUUCCAAGUAUUAUAUUAUGUAGGCUACUUAAUAAAGAUAGGCGCACACAGAUCGGACGAACGGCACGCAUCGGUCGAUUAGAUUUGAUGCAUUGUUUUUAAUUGGAGUGCACAUACCUAUAUGAUGCGGAUAGAUAUUGUGACAACACACUUCCUAAGCAGGCUGGCAUAGCUCAAAUUGAUAGUAGCGAGCAGCAAUAUCGAUAAGAUAAGAUGCCAGCCAGCUAUUAUUCCGAUUCAUGCGCAGCUUUAAUAUAAUAAAGAUUUCACUUCAAUACUGUGAUAUUAUAAAUGUAAUAAUGUUUUCUGUCAAGUUAUAUUUUUAAUUAUUUUAUGUCCUCUCUCGGAAAGGUGUUCUCCGAAUUAUCCCUCUACCUCUAUGUUUAUUUAGUUUUCUUACAUGGAGAGUUUCGUUUCUCUCUUUUGCAAUUGAGUGUGCUUACCCCCAACCACCAUAUCUUUGGGGAAGUAUUGGCCUACGGCCUUAUCUGUUAUUGUAACGGGACUCUCCCCCGGCAACUUGGAAGGAGCUUGGCUGUUUUUCGUUCACUCUUCUCCUAGACUUCUCCGAACUCGCUGGCAAUCGGUUGGAGUGUGCGGUUGAUUGAAAUGAAUAAAUGGUUUAGUGCGUAUGCGUGUGGAAGGCUGAUGGACAAAAGCUUAAAAAAACCGGUGAGUCCAUUCCAAUUGAUCAAAUUAAGUUUUAAAGGGCCCUUAGGUCAGAGGCAGUUCUCACAAUAUGCACACUCCAAUUGAAAACAAUGCAUCAAAUCUAAUCGUCCGAUGACGGUCUGUGUGUGCGCCUACCUUUAUAGCUACAUCUAUUCAUUUAGAUCCACACACACAAUAGUUAAUACUACUGUAUAAACAUUGAGUAAUUGGUACUACUUGCUCUGUAACACAAUAAAAGGGUCAAUAUUGGACCCGGUCUAUUUACUUUGUACAUAACGACUUACCUAAGGCUAUAUCAGCUGACAUAAUUCUUUACGCUGAUGACACAACUGCAAUUUAUUAUAAAGGAAAAAAUAUCCCAAAUUUGUCUAACCUAACUGAAGAACUCACCACACAUAUAAAAACUUGGUUCUCUGGUAAUGGGCUGCUGCUGAACACUGACAAGACUACCUUCAUUCAUUUUCAAACAGCCAAUAGAACAGAUUUUAUUACUAAUAUGCCAUACAUUAGCAAUAACGUAAAUUGUCAGAAGUUCUUAAGAUUGAUGUUGCUUUCCAUGACGAUCACACUUCAUAAUAAUUUUGUUGUAGUUCAUAGACACUCUCUGUUACAUUUGUAAAUAAUUAUUCAAAAAACACUAAAAAAAGUAAAACUACAACAAAGUCCUUAAUAUUACACAUUGACCCAUUUCUACAAUGGGAAAAACAGGUUUAAAGAAAUAUUGAAGACCCACUUUUUAAUGAGAUCUUAUUACAAAUUGUAGGAAUUUUUGAAGACCCCUUUACUAAUCCUUUUAAAAAGCAAAUUUCUAAUGGCUGCUAUCACAAUCGACUGAUGCAAUUGAAAGUUUGUUUACUGUUUUUGGUUUACUUUUUCCCUAGGUAUAAAUAAAUUAAAAAAGGAAACUAAAUUAGAAGUGCACUAAUUGCUAUUUUAUGGAGUGAAAGUUGCUGUGUGAAUGAAGCAUUAGGUACAAUUUUUUUAAAGCUGUGCUCCUACUUGCUCCUAUAUUAUGUAAUUCAGCAAGUAGUACUUUUAUUGUAUCAGAAACUGUUUUUUUAAUGUCUAUUAGUUUUAAAGCUUACUUUUUUCAACAUGUGACUGAAACUUUGGAUGGAUAUUUCAAGUUGUAUAAAUAUAAGGCCUUGUUUUUGGUAAAAAAACAUUAUUUGAUUUGAUCUUUGCUGACCUUUAUAAGUCCAACUCCUAUUUUGUGAUUUAUAAUCACUCAUAUAAUGCUGUCUUUAUUUAUUCAAUUUAUUAUAUUAACUUACAUAAUAUAUUCUUAGUCCAUUUUUAUAUUAUAUAAUUUGAAUAUUAUUUUGAUUAUUAUGAUUAAUCGAUUGUAUUAUAUCAAUUGUAAAAUAUGACGAGCCAGUCUGCCUUGGCAGUCACUCUGCAUCUCAGGCGUUUUUAUAUCAAUAAAGAUGGGUAUUUAUUUAUUCAAGACACCGAAGACUGAAAACAAUUAUACAGUGUAAUUAUGUAAUGUAAAUUAGAUUAUUUACAGUAUGUCAAUUAUAAAUAUUAUUUUGUAAUGUAAAUAUGUGAUUGUAUUUGUGAUAAUAGAUUUGAAAUUACAGAAGGUAAAUAAAUUUUUCCAAUUAUAUUUUUGA